AUGACAGAUCGUGAAGAAAAUGAUAGACAUGGAGGGACCUCAGACAUUUUUACCAAUAACCAUGAUCUUAUUGGAGUAGAGGGUAUAAUUAGAUCUCAAAAGAACGAAAUUGAAAAAAAGAAGCUUGAAUUGAGAAUCGAAAAUGAGAAGUACUUUAGAUAACACCCUGAGAUUAGAGGUCUUAUAACGUUAUUUGUGAGAAAGAUUUUAGAUGAUAGACCAGACAAUAUACUAGAGUAUGCUGGUACUUUCUUUGAUAGAGCCGAGCUGAGGGACGUAGUUGAGUAGGCAAUCGAAUAGGAGAGAAGAGAGGCCGAGAGAAACGAGUUAUUGAACAAUUUGAUUAAGGGUAAAACGCUCAUUCAAUGA